CUCUCAAUUUGAUCGUGACCCCUCAGAUUAGCUUGACCAUUCUGUUAUGUAGCUCUUGAUUCCAGCAUCAAUUGAGUUUCAAACAUGGGGCGCUUCAAUUCGAAACAAUUAUGCAUAUUUGCGUGUUUUUUGUCAAAUAUAGACUGCGCUAAAAUACUCGGGGUGUUUAUUUUACCCGGUCCCAGCCAAUAUAUGGCAGGUAGCACGUUGAUGAAAAUUUUAGCAGCAAGAGGACACGAAGUGACUGUUGUUAGUGUUUUUGGAGAAAAUAACCCCCCAAAAAAUUACAGGGACGUAGUUCUCGAUGGUAUUUACGAAAAAUUCACCAACGACCACCAGCCCAAUAUGUUCAACCGAGUGUCAAAAGACCUCUUGAAACCCUUAGAAAUCCACCAAAUGACUAUGGCGAUCAUGGAGAACGUCUUCAACCACUCUAAAUUCCAGGAAUUCAUGAACACCAAGCAAGAAUUCGAUCUAGUCAUCUUAGAACAACUUCAAACAGAAGCAUUGAAGUACAUUGCUCACCACUUCGAAGCUCCUCUCAUUGUUUACAGCGCCAUGGAUGCCAACUACUGGACCAACCCCUACCAAGGCAACCCUGAACCUCCAUCUUACGUUCCAAACGUCCAUCUACCCUACAGUUGCACCAUGUCCUUUUUUCAACGCUUGUGGAACUCCCUUAUGUACGUCUAUAACUUAAUUCUACGAGAGUUCUUGGUGCACCCUCAGCAAGAACAACUCCUUCACAAAUAUUAUCCGCAGGCACCGAGUCUGGACAGUAUGAUGUACAACGUGUCUUUGGUGCUUCUAAAUUCGGAUCUGAGCGUGUAUGAGCCAGUACCAAAGGUUCCAAGCAUGGUAACCAUAGGUGGGUUUCAUAUCAAAGCCCCAAAAGCCUUACCAGAAGACCUGCAAAGAUUGCUCGAUGAAGCGGAGCAGGGCGUAGUUUACUUCAGUAUGGGUUCCAACUUAAAGAGCAAGAAUAUUCCAAGCCAGACCAGGGAUUUUCUCUUGAGGACCUUCGCAGAGUUGAAAGAAACAGUGUUCUGGAAGUUUGAAGAUGAAAGUUUGAAGAAUAAACCUACGAAUGUUGUGGUUAGGAAGUGGUUUCCACAAAAUGACGUUUUAGCACACAGAAACAUCAAGCUCCUCAUCACACACGGUGGUAUUUUUAGUUCGAUGGAAGCAGUCUACCACGGGGUUCCUGUGUUAGCCCUACCAGUAUUCGCUGACCAAUACGUGAACUCUAUCAGAGCAACUUUGAACGGUUAUGCUAGGAAUAUACCCUUCAGAGAACUCACAGAGGAAAAAUUCCGAGAGGACCUAGAAGAGUUAUUGAGGAAUCCCAAAUACAAGGCUAAUGCAGAAAGAAGAUCACUGAUAAUGAAGGAUAAGCCUCUAACCUCUGCAGAAAAUUUGAUUUUUCACGUUGAACAUGUCAUAAGGCAUAAGGGUGCUGGACAUUUGAGAGUAGCAGCCUUGGAUUUGAACAUAUUUCAGUAUCUUCUCUUAGAUGUCAUAACUUUCAUGGUUUGCUCAGUAAUUUUAUCAAUCUUCAUUUUGAAAUUUUUGUUAAGAAGAUUAUUCAAUUUGGUAAAUAAGAAGAAAACUAAAACACAUUGAGGAAAAAGAGGAAAAUUAUAAAUAAAAAGGUGUUUCGUAA